AUGAAAUGCUCCCUGCUUCUGCCCCUUCUGCUGGGGACAGUUUCUGCUCUUUAUCUGGAGAAUGAUGCCUCCCGUCUGGGCAGCAGAGAAACACAGGCUGACCUGACCCAGGAUCUGGAAGGUUCUGGGGAACAGGAGGGAGAGCUGGCCCUGAAUUAUGGAGCGCUUGAGUCGGAGGGAGAGGACGCUGUGGCUCCCAGCUAUCAAGAUGCGUUUGAGGAUGAGGGGGCCAUGGAGUCAGACUCAGCUGCCCUAGACAAGGAUUUGCAGUGCCCUAAGGAAGAGGACACAGUUCAGCUUCCAGGCAGCCCUGGGUGCAAGACCUGCCGCUUCCUGUUGGUGCAGACCCCGAGGGAGUUUUGGGACGCUCAGCAUAUAUGCAGGAGGUGCUACCGAGGCAACCUCGUCUCCAUCCACAGCUACAAUUUCAACUACCGCAUCCAGUGCUGGGUCAGUAGGGUUAACCAAGCACAGGUCUGGAUCGGAGGCUUCGUCAAGGGCUGGUUCCGGUGCAAGAAAUUUCACUGGACUGAUGGCAGUAGCUGGAAUUUUGGAUACUGGGCCUCAGGGCAACCUGGGAAUGGGAGAGGCCGCUGUGUGGCCCUGUGCACCAGAGGGGGUUUCUGGCAACGGGCUGGAUGCAGAAGACGUCUGCCCUUCGUCUGCUCCUUCUAA